GUUUUAUUAUAUUAAUAUUUAAACAAGUACCUACUUAUUUUAAUUAAUUUUUUAUGUUCUCAAUAUUUGACAACUAUAAUUCAAAAAGAUCCAUCUAUCAUGGAAUAUCAUAAAACGUUUACAAAUUUGCCACAAAAUUCAAAGUAAGAAAGUGUAUUUAUUAUUAUUAUCGUUUUUUUUUAUUAUUAUUAUUGAAACUUUAAAAAAAAAAACAAUUCGUUUUGGCAAUUACAGUUUAAUUACAAUUAAUUAAGAAGAUAAAAAAAAAUAAUUAAUAUACAAAAAGAAAAAAGAAUAAUAAAACAGGGUUAUAUACACAUAACAUCUAAAUUAUAACAAAAAGUUCAUCUGAGUGAUAAAGGAAAUAGUUGAAGAAAUUAUUGGGAUUAAUUGAAAAGGGGAGGAUAGAAUGAGAAUUGAAAUGGAUAUUGAGGAAAGUUACUAGAGCAAAAAAAGAAUUUCGCUGAGUAAUAGGACGGGAACAUUGAGAGAGAAUAUAGGAAAUACCACAGAUCGGAGCAUGGAGGAUUCAUAGAUUAUUAUAUCAUAUUAUGUAUUUCGUUUCCUUCGCCUUCAUCCCAAUGAUUUAUGAUCGGCCAUCCUCAUCCUAAUAAAUUUCAAUGUGACAUCUCUCACCUCCCAUACACUUGCUGUACGGAUAUCAUUCUCAAUUGUAUCGAACCACUUCUGUCGGUCUUCCUAUCCCACUGUUUUCUCCUACUUUUUUUUCAAUAGAAUUCUUACUACUUUAGAUUCUUCUCACCCUUGCCAUGCCCAAAAAGUAUCCGUCUAUUUUCUCUCAUUUUGUUUGCUAUUGAAAUCAUGCCUAAACUAUCUCUUAUGUAAUCAUUCCUUAUCCUAUCUUCUAUCGUCAUUCCACCAAUCCACCUAAGUAUUCUCAUCUCUGCAGCUCAGCGGUACGAACAUAGAAUAUCUCACCACACAUUAGUAGAACUUAUCUUUAGGUAUCUUUAGGGUAGGUAGGUAAGAUAAAUAUCACAAUAGAAUGUUAAUAUAACACUUGAGCUAUUUGUUUCAUAAAUUUUCAAAAAAAAAAAAAAAAAAAAAUUAAUACUUUACAAGAUGUUGCAAUAAUCGUGUAUUUGCGGAACACCUUUACAUGCCUUUAUAUAUAAUGUGUGUAUAUAUAUUUUGUCUGCUGAGUAUUACCAAAAAACCUAUUAGUUUUAGUAGGUUUAGUAGGUUUACUAAGGUACAAUCCAUAGUUAUAUAGAUAGAUAAGGAAAUUCGCUUGUCUUAUUGUGAGAUAUCGAAUAUUCAUAGAUUUUAUUUUAUACACUGUAAUUUAACAAACUUUAAACUAGAAAAUAUAUGAGAAAUACUAUUGAGUCAUGUACAAAUUUUGAAUAUGUUAUUUAUAAAUAUUUUUGACCUGUGGUAGAUCCUAUAGAAUAAAACAUAAAAUUUGGUAUUUUUGGCAAUUGGUUAUGAAUAAUAUUUAGAAAAAAUUUGUUCUAUAAAUAAACUACAGUAGAAAGCUUAUAAACCAAGUAUAUAGGCUCCAUAGAAAUGUUAAUUAAUUUAAUUUAAUUAAUUAAAACAUUAUCUAAAAAAGACAUUAAUUGGUUUCUAAUAUUUUUAGAUCACUUAAGGAAGAGACUUCUGAUGACACCGGGUCUUACAGUGGUCAUUAUAUAAAUAUGUCAAUAACAUCGGAGUGAGUAUUAUUAUGAAAUUUAAUAUUUUAAUAUCUGUAUUUUUUAAAUAUAACUUUAUACUCUAAUAUUAGCACUGAUGUAAUGUUAAACCUAUAGGGUAAAAUAUUGACUUAACAAUUUAUCAUUUGCAUAGAAGACUACGUACCAAACACAACCGAUCUUUUUAUGGGAAAACUUUUACAAAAAAUUAUCUAUUUUUUGUUUAUUUAACCUAUCACCCUCUAUACAUGUGGUGUAAAAUGCCACAUUGCACAGUGUGAAAAUGUACAUCAUUGAUUUUUUUUUUUUUUUUUUUUUUUUUUUAUUAAAAUAUAUAAUAUUUUUAGUUUUAAACCCAUACUAUAAAUUAUACAUUAUUUUUAAUAAAUAAUUGAAACACUUAUUAAAAAUGUAAAGUAAACUGUAAAUUAUAUGCUUGCCAGAACAAUAAAUUAAUAUAGAGUGAAAAUUUUAAAUAGGAGACAUCUUUUUUUGUUUACCGUUAGUUAUUUAGUGAGGUAAAUUUUUGAAAUUCAUAAAGGAUAAUAUGUGAAAUGAAAAUAUUUGUGCUAUGUUAAAUUAAAUUAAAAUGUUGAUAAUUUUUAUCAUAUCACAUUGACAAUAAGUUUGUUGAAUGAGUUCAUUAUCAUAAAACCUAAUGCUGCCAUUGUCUUGUCAUUAUUUUUAAUAAUAAUCCACUGUAUUAUAGUGGAUUGUUAGUACUGUUAUUGUAUCACUAUUAUUAAAUUAAGAUUUAAAUAGUGUCUGCUAUUGGGAAGUGUCCAUUAGAGGAGGUUUCACUGUAAUAUUAAAACUGUUUUUGUCUUUACAUUUUAAAUACAUCUUAUAUUAAUAUAAUUUAUUAAAGUUUUAAUGUAGUUUUAGAAACAAGGUGAUUGAAGUAACAACAUAGUAUUCUCUAUUUGUGUUUGAUUUUAUUAGUAAUUAUUAUUAUAUUUUUCAGAAACUCUGAAGAAAAAGAUAAAGUUAAUAAUUCUGUUACAAAAAGAGAAAUUGAUAUUAUUGAUGGAGUUUAUUACGAAAGUAUAAUUACUAUUGAACCUAGUAGUUUGGAUUUAUUAUUGAGUAAAAAAGUAAAUCGUGAAAAAAAAUGGUUUAUUUGCGCUCAUUGUAACAAAAACUUUAGUUUAAAAUCUUUUUUGAUAUACCAUAUGGAAACGCACACUGAAAAUCAAACAUACCAAUGUAAAAUAUGUUAUCUAUCAUUCUCUACCUCAUCUGUUUUGCAAAAUCACAUAAAAGAAACGCAUACACAAGAAACACAAGAGCAAUGUGAAAAUGAAUCAUUGGAAACAGAGUGAGUAUUAUUUAAUUUUAUAUUUAACUGUGUGUAUUCUUUGAGUAUAAUUUUAAGAUUCUGGGGCAUAUAUAAUGAUGUUAAUUUUGUUUAUACUGUGUAGAAAAUUUCUACCGGAAUUCUUUCUUCGAAGAUGCAUGCAGUGUCUGAUACAGAAUUAUGUCUAUUUGGUACUUUAAUGAGGUCAAUUUCCACACAGUUUUAAUAAUAAUUCAGAAAAAUAAUGCUUUUAGCAUUUUUUUUUUUUUUGUUUUUCCUUAGUUGAAAAUGUGCGUACAGACUUGUCACCAGUCUUCUAGAAUUUUAUAAAAAAAAUAAUAGAGCAUAAUUAUUCCAUUAAUGGAGUAUAGAGAGCCUAUGUACUAGGUAGGUAUAUAAUAUGCUCUUUAAAAGUCUAGACCUGACCAGUAUUAUCUUCAAAGUUUGGAUCAUUACACCUUAUCACAUAUUAAAAUACCACUUAGUUUACCAAUAGAUGUUACACACCUGAUAUUAGCAUAAUAAUAUUGAAAACUAAUUUUUUCAUUUAUAAUAAAUUAUAUGGCAAUCUACAAGCUAUUAAGAAAAAUUAAUUACGACCAUUUUUCUAUAAUAACAUGUAAAUAUCAGUUUGCAUGAGUAGAUAUCAUAUAAUUAAAAUACAAGAUUUUUUUGAAUUUUGUAAGUUUUUAUGUGAUUAUUUAAUGUUGAUAACAAUUUUUAGCUGAAUAGAAAUGCUUGCAAAUUUAUAUGAGGUUUAUUCUAAUUUUACUCGAGUGGAUUAUUUUUUUUUUUUUUAAUAAAAGUUUUGAGAUCAAAUUUUAAUGAAACUCACAAAUUUCUGAUAUUUUAAAAACCAUGUAAAAUACCUAACUUCUCCCAGAAUUUUUAUUUGUUCAUUUUAACUUAAUUAGUUUUUUUUAUUAAUUACUAUUAAUUAAUAACAUUUUACAAACUUUGUUAUUUCUAUCAGUAAUUAAUGUGAUUAUUACAUUUUUCAGAAACAUAAACAAUGAAAAAGAUGUAGAAGAGGAAAUAAAUACUACCGUUGAAAAUGAAGAAGUUGAUUUGACUGAUGAGGAGGCUCCUAUCGAAAACGAUCCAACCAUUCAUUCCCCGGAAAUACCACCUGUAGAAAAUAACCUUUAUAAAUGUGAGCAAUGCAGGAAACCAUUUGGUCGGCCAGACUUCAACCGUAAAGAAAGUCGCCCAUUUAUCAAAAACCCAAAACAGAUAUUUAAAUGUAAUUACUGUAAACGGGAACUAAUGCAAGAUGGCAUUAUACAAUAUCAUCUAACAACUCAUCCACCACUCAUAUGUGAUUUUUGCCAUGGAGCCUUUACUACAAAAUACAGUGUAAGUAACCGUUCAAAUCGCGUACACGGAAAAAACCCCAGAAAGAUCCGAAAAAAACGUAUGCACAAAAAAAAACCAUUUUGAAUCUAACAUGUCAUAUACUGCAGCAUCCUCUGAAGCAUAAAAAAACUCACAAUAAGGAAAGACCACACUAAUGUAAUAUAUGUAUGAAGUAGUGAUGUCAUAUAAAUCGAGGAUACUGAAGAAAAAAUAUAGAUAUCAUAUUUCUGACCUCAACUUCUGAUAUUAGAUUUCAC